AUGCGUUGGGGUAUAGUGGCUGCUGGUGUAGUUGCCCUUGCGGGUAAUGCAUGGGCUCAAGAACCAUCGGCAUUGCCGUUUCCUACUACCUGCUCAGGGGUUGCCGCAGCGCGAUAUCAAUACUCGGUAUCCAGCACAUGGAAGGCAACCAAAAUCGCUGGCGGCCUCCGACAACCGCGAUCCAUGAUAUUCGAUCCCCAGGGCAACAUGCUUGUGCUGCAAGCGACGUCGGGGAUCUCGGUGCACACCUUUGGCGCCGACGGGUGCAUCAACAGCACCAAGACACUUGUCACCAAUGGCCAGUUGAACCAUGGCCUGUCACUGACGCCGGAUGGGACAAAGCUCUAUGCCAGCUCGGUCUCGACGGUCUGGCAGUGGGAUUACGACGCAGCCACCAUGGCGGUCAGCAACCAGAAGGUCGUCGUCCAAGGCAUCGGACAGGGGAUACACUCCACAAGGACGACGCUGGUGGUGCCCAACAAGCCCAACCUCCUCGUCGUCCAGGUCGGGAGCAACAACAACUGGGACAUGGACGCCAGCAGCAUCAACACAGGGCGAGCCUGCGUCCGAGUAUUUGAUAUGAGCGCCGUGCCCGCCUCGGGAUAUCAAUACAACUCGGGCGGAUGGGCGCUCGGGUACGGGCUGCGAAACGAGGUCGGUCUCGCCUUCGACCCGAACGGCAUGGUAUGGGGUGUCGAGAACUCGGGCGACGACUUCGCGCGAACUGUCAAUGGGCAGAGGACCGAUAUCCACAUUGACAACCCGGCAGAAGAGCUCAACUACCUCGGCGACCCCUCCACACCCAGCACAAACUGGUUCGGCUACCCAACCUGCUUCACCGUCUGGGAUGGCAGCGUGAUCCAGGACGCCACCUUAAAAACGGGCGACCAGAUGGUCGUGACCUCGAGCGGCGGGGCCAACGCGAGCUUCCCGGAUGCCAUGUGCGCCGAAAAAUCCAUCCCGCCGCGUCUUUCGUUCCCGGCCCACACGGCGCCCAUUACCAACGUCUUCGACGCCGACGGCACCAACAUGUACGUGACACUGCACGGGUCCUGGGACCGGAAGCCCCAGGCCUCCGGGUACAAGGUCGUUCAGGUGCCCUUUACCAAGAAAGAGGAUGGUUCUUAUGACCCUGUUGCGGCCGCGGACAGUAAGACCGGGUUUACGGAUAUCAUGUGGGCGACCAAUUUGGAGCAGUGCAACUCGCCUGGGUUGACGGUUAGUAGCUGUUUUAGGCUGGCGGGUUUGGUGUUUGACCCCGCGGGAUCGAGGUUGUUUGUUUCUAGUGACAACAAUGCGGAAGGCGAGCUGUUCAUUCUGGGGAAGAAGUAG